AUGAAUUAUCCAGAUGGUCGGUUCUGCCGUGCGCCGUGGCUCGCCGCGUACAUCGUACUAGUCGUCAGCGUGCUACUGAAUCUGCUAAGCACUGCGUACUUUUCCAGUGUCGACUUGUGCGACAUGUACCCGCACUUUUCUUUCCCUGAAGUGUUCGUCGAGGAAAUCGCAAUGCACCAGACGCUGCUGCCACUUGUCCGUGUACACGUGUCUACGCUGCAUCUAUUGGGCGCUUCGGUUGUUGCCGUUGUUGCUCUACAAUGGCAAGUGCUAUCGCGAGGCUGGCUGCUUUUUAUCGAAUUCGUUUCGGGUCCGUGGUUGUUUUAUCCACUUUUUGAAACCGUUUUCGCCUUGCUACCAUUUACAGCCCCCGAGCCAGACGUGCCGGAGCUGGUAUCAGAAGAUGAGGGUUCAGGAGGAAUUGACGAAGAUGGAGAAGAUGAGAUCGUUGGAGAGAUCUCGCCAUGUCCUGUAGAUGUCGAGGCGUGCAAUAAAGCAGUGGCCAAGCUCGUGCAGGUGAAGCUCCAGUAUGCCAACCAGACUAUCCUGCGACCUGAUGAUUGGCUCGUGUUCGACCCCGUGCAAGAAAAGUUAGUGCUGCAGAAACACGCGACGAGUGUGAAGGACGCGCCUUCGUCUUCUACUUAUUCAACGUCGAAGCACAGUUAUAGCAAUGGCAGUCAGGUUGACCGUGCUCGUGAGCAGGCUUGUUGGAGACAGUGA